GCACCAGGUUGUCCUGUUACCGAAAGGAGACGUCCUGAAACUGACGCCAUGUGACCUUUAUUAUUAUAUUAUUAUUUGUGAUCGUUUAGAGCAUAAAUGUGAAUCACGCCGACUGGUUUUAAAUUAAUUUUAAUAAAUAGCCUAAACAUUCCAGUAAUAUUUGCUUACAAACUACUUGUACAUUAUUACUAGAGGCCAUCGUGGUUUAAAAAAGUUUACAGUUAUAAAUUAAAGCUGUUUAAAACAACAGUAGUAGCCUAUAUAUACAUGUAUAAGUGACAAAAUAGAAGGUAUCGCUGCUCAUAUUGCGACACAGUCGAUUGAUUUGCCCCUAACCGGUUGAAAUCCCCAGCUAUGCUUUCUGGGUAAAGUGCGCCCCGGUAUCCGCCCAUAUUCGCGUAAAGAGGCCAACCUGAACAGCUAGGCCGGACGCUGGCUCAAAUGGAAAGUUCAGUCGAUUAAUUUGCCCACUUUAUUGCAUGUUCCCGCUUGCUUCUGAGACGAGGUAGACCGAAUUAAAUGCGGGCGCUUCGGUGUGAAAUAGGAAAUGCAGAGAUCGUGUGAAACGAGCGGAUUAUCAGCUUGACUUAUUUGGUCGCUACUUCGGACGCGGAACUCCACUCGCUAAAAGGUGAAUCAUGACAGAAUAUAAACUGGUGGUGGUGGGAGCUGGUGGCGUUGGCAAGAGCGCACUUACUAUUCAGCUCAUCCAGAAUCACUUUGUGGAUGAAUAUGACCCCACUAUUGAGGACUCCUACAGAAAGCAGGUAGUAAUUGAUGGAGAGACUUGUCUGCUGGACAUCCUGGACACUGCAGGUCAGGAGGAGUACAGCGCCAUGAGGGAUCAGUACAUGAGGACAGGGGAGGGCUUCCUCUGUGUCUUUGCCAUCAACAAUACCAAGUCCUUUGAGGACAUUCAUCACUAUAGAGAACAGAUUAAGAGGGUGAAGGACUCUGAGGAUGUCCCCAUGGUGUUGGUGGGGAAUAAGUGUGACCUCCCGUCCCGGACAGUGGACACCAAGCAGGCUCAGGACUUGGCACGCAGCUACGGCAUUCCCUUUAUUGAGACCUCAGCCAAAACCAGACAGGGCGUUGAUGAUGCCUUUUACACAUUAGUGCGAGAAAUCCGGAGGCAUAAGGAGAAGAUGAGCAAGGAGGGCAAAAAGAAGAAAAAGAAGUCCAAGACAAAGUGUACACUUAUGUGAAUAAUCGCCCCUUUCAAGACAGACAAAAAAAACCCCUAUGUUGAACAGUUAAAGAAUACAUUUUUGUACAUUACACUAAAUUAUUAGCCUCUUUCUCAAUACCUGCUAUACUGAAUACUAAACCUGACCCAGUUUUUCUGCCUUUAUUUGCUACCUGGACACCAAUAAGCUUUAUUUUCAGUGUAGUGCCAGUUGCCCACAUGUAUUGGUCCAACAGCAUGUUUUUAUUUUAUAGGAUUAUGUUGAUUUGGAUUGUUUUCUAUAACCAUAGAGCUGUGAGGUAAUUGCAUCACAACUCAAGUUUGGCUUUUUUUUUUUUUUUUGGAAAACUUUGCUUAAAGGGAGACGACCUGCAAAAAUUGUAAUGCCCCUUUUGAAUUAUGGGAUGCCAAAGAAUGAAUUUCCAUCCUGUUUUGCUUAGAAAACCCAGAUAUGAAGAAAGGACCAACGUUCAGCCAGAUGAGAUCCAAAUGUUCCAGCCACUGUGUAAUGUCCCCAUCUCUAAUGACCUCUGGCUGUGACUUGGUGACAUCACUGAUAAUAGGUAUGCAUGCAAACUCCUCUAAAUGUUUUAGCACCCUAAUUAGCUUAAUUAAUUAGCAGUUUGUCAAAUAUUUGUACUCUGUGGGGAGUGUUUUUGCUUUUUGUUUUGGUGCGUACUGUGUCCGACGCGACGUGUUGCAAACUGCCUCUUGAUACAUUUUAACAGAGCCAGCAAUGAGGAACUGUGACCCAGGUGGAAAUCUGUCUAAUUUUUCAGUUUCCUAAACAAUAAUUAAUAUUUGCUUUUGUGAUAAAGAAAUCAGCAUUUUUUGCUUGAUAAAUGUGAGAUUGAAAGAUCUGGAGUUUUACCCAUUUUCUGAGGAUAAAGUGGGACGAGCAGCCAGGUUUCGUGUUGCUCACUCAUUUUGUGCCUCAUCACAAGCUAACGUCAAAUGGAUUGAUGGACCUCGCUGGUCACAAAUUCGCUACUUUUCAAUAUUUAAAGGCUUGACUGCAGGAUUGUUGUAAUCCAUCCUGAGAAUAAUCAUGAUUGUGUUAUGUUGGCUUUGGUGGUCAAGUAAAUUGAAUGAGCAGAGGUCUCCUGUCAACAUUCUCCUGAAAGAGGACUUCAUAUUUAAGCAGAGUGUUUUAGGCUCAAUGCUAAACUUUGGAUUUGUGAUUCUGCAGUAGCUGGGAACAGAGGUGUCCUGCCUCGGACGCUCUCCUAAGCUGUCGACUAGUUUACUUGCGACUGGCGAGCAAAAUGCGUCUUUUAAGCAGCUUUCACGAACUUUUGUCUUGGUGUAGUGUCACAGAGGUUGUUCAAAACUUUGUCCAAACAUUUAUUUUUUUUUUGGUUCUUCCUAAUGUAGAUCUUCUGAAAGAGUUUUUAUUUCCUAAAAUGCUGAAAUUGUUUGGUGGGUUAUCUUUCAAAAGAAAUGAUUGUCCAGCAAAAUAAUUGGUAAUUUUCUCUCAUCAAGCUUGGGUAUUGUGGUGAUGUAACUGGAACUGAUGUUUUUAAAUGAGGCAAUAAUUGCCAUGAAAUUAUCUUUUCUUUUCUUUUUUUUUUUUUUUGAGAAAAUUGUCUGAAUUUCUAAAAUAAAAAGCCCUGGUUUCUUUCCCGGGUCAACUCGUACUUCACCUUUUCCAUCACAUUCACAAGCUGUUCCCCAAGAUUUUUAUUUGCCUUUUAUGUUUGCAUUAGGUGCUACAUUUAGACAGUAGAAUGAGCCGAGACAUACAUUUACUUUUUCCUGUGUGUGCUCGAGAAAUGGACAAAAUGCCGUUUUAGAGGAGCGAUGCUUUUGACACAGAAUCCAGACAUGAUGCAUUGUUUUCAGAGUUGAUGAAUUUUGACCCAGUUUAUUAUUACCUCUGUUUUUUAUGAAGUAGAUAACUGUUAAUGCAGUUUUAAUUAUGGAACCCUCUUUUUAACAAUACUGCUUGAAAAGUAGUUUUUCUGAAAUGUUCCUCUUCAUUUAUUGCGUGCCAACAGCUGACUUCUGAAAUGUACCAUUUAUACCUGGAUCGUAUUUUAACCUUUGUAUAGUUGUGAUACUGAAAGGUGCAUAUUUUGUAAAUUGUGCUUCAUUUCGUUGGUGUGUCUAAAUGAAUGUUGCUUUAAUGGAGUUUCACUCCACUGUGUAUGUGACUAGAGAGUGUGACUGGGUCCAGGUUUAGGGGAUUGAAUGAAUGACCAUUUAACACGUACAACACAUCUGUUGUGGGCAGUGUAGAGUGGUGAUCUGAUCUCAAAUUACUUUUGCCAUGAAUCUCACCACUCCUAUUUAAUGUGUAAUAAAGAACAAAAUAAAGAGGAA